AUGCUGCUGAGAUUUCUAAUUUUUACCCAGAUUUUUUUGAUAAAAAAUAUGGAAAUGUGUUUGCCUGGACGGAACAAAUGUACCAUGAAUAAUUGUUAUAUGGUUCCUCCAUCUCCACCAUCCUAUGCUAUGGCUCCAAUGCUCCAAAUGUCAGCUCCACCCACUCUUCGAGAUUCCUAUGCACUGGCUCCACCCCCUCCACCCCCGCCACCUCCCCCAUCUCAUCAUUCCCCAUUUAUAUCCCAUAAUUCAGUAAUGAUGGCAUCUCAAAUACCAUUUUUAUCCGCUUUGGACCCUCCGAUUCCCUCAAUUUCGUCAUCUGCAUUUCCUCAGCCAAUCGAUAAUUCGAUAAUCGAUUCUGAUGCGCACAAAAGUCAAUACGAAGUGCCACGAUGGGAUCGUCAAGAGCCGGAAUACAAGCAUCUAGAUGAGACGGACGCCGUCGUUGUGGCUCCAGAUGUCAUUGUUGCUGAUAUUGUUGAUGAGAAGAGUUCGGAUAGUGAGAAAGUGGAAAAAAUACAUGAAAAUGAGAGAUUGGCAAGGAUGGACUUGAAAUAUGAGGAGCCGGAGCCAACACCAUUUGAGAACGGGACCGUCAUUUUCCAUGCUUGGUUUGUUCGGAAAUUAUGA